AACGGCAAACAUCAUUUGUACCCGUAUUUGCAAUUUUUUAGAAUAUGCGUGAUAAAAAUUAUUUAUGCCAAUAAUAUAAGCGUUCAAUUUAUACAACUGUCUCAUAAUAAAGGGAUAAUACUUGUACAAUACAUUCAAGAAUUUGCUUAUGUUUUAAUUCAUAUUUCUUGAAUUUUCAACAAAUGACUUUUCGCUACUUCUGAAAUAAAAUUAAUUAGAUCAAAUAAUUAAAAAAGUAUAUAAAAUAUAAAUAUUUUAAUACCUUCUCGUAUGACAUGAUAAAUGACAAAAUUUGACAGAAAAGAAAACUAUAAGUUUCUAGGACGAAUUGUCCUGAUAUAAUAAAAAUUGUAUAGUUGCUUAUGGCGGGUAGUAGAAUGGUUAUGUUUCAUCAAAAGUUUAACAUAUUUUGAUUAACUUUGUAUAAACAUUGCAAAUCGACAUUUAAGUAACAUGGAGAAAUGUAAUAGCAAUGAAUCUGAUGUUAUUUCUCGAAUACAAUAUGCAUUUCCUAUUUUAAGUGGAAAGAAUACCUAUUUGCAGCUUCAAAAUGAAUGCAAUGAUGAAGAAUUUACUAAAAUAAUGGAAGAUAUAAAAAUAUUAAACUUAAAGCAUGUGAUUGAAGAUAUGGUGAUUUAUCAAAUAAAAUAUCACAUGCGACAAAGUGUAGCUCCUGCAUUUUGGAAAAAAUUUACACCCAAUGUAGACAAACAACAAGGUUUCGAACAAUUUAAAAGUGCAGUAGAUGGGUUAUAUACACGUAUGACAGAGUUUUUGCCAGUAUUAAAACGAUUAGAAUAUCUUUUACAAGAAGAUUCAGUUCUUCAUACUACAACAACUGAAAGUGACAUAUUAAAUCGAUUUAAAUUAAUUGUAAGAUCUACAUUGUUAAGUCAGAUACCACUCGAUUAUGAAUAUGUAGUAGAACAGUUUUAUAAAAUUGCAUUCAAUGUGUUUUGUUGUACAGAUAAUUCUACGCAAGUAACUACUUCUAGUAAUGAUUAUCUUCAGUGCACAGGUUGCUACCAGGAAGUAGAGAAAUGUCGUUGUCAACAAAUAGUAAUCAUGUUUCAUGAAACAAAUAGAAAAUUAAUAGAAUUAGAACUAUUGGAAAGAUUAGCAGGGAAUGUUCUAACAUCAUUGAUACAUGUGCAUAUCAAGAAUCAUGUUAAUCAAUCAUGCGAUAAAACAUUUGACAUAUCACAGUUAGAGUCAUUAGAAAAUUGGCUUGAAACAGUUGUUAUGAGCUGGUUAAUAAGAGUAUACUCUGGUGGAUUUUCAAAAAUUGUUUCUUUAAAUGAUCAAACUCGCAAUGCUAUAAACAAAUUUAAACAAAAAUUGUCUCACUUUCUAUAUGAAACAUAUACAAGAUUUAGAAUUGAACAACUUUUUGACAUCAUAAUAGAGUAUCCCGAUUCUCAACCGGCAAUAGAUGAUUUACGUGUAUGUUUGGAACGAACUGAUCUACGUAAAGUUUUAAUAGAUAGCUUACAAGAAGCCUUAACAACAAGAUUGUUGCAUCCAGGAGUAAAUACACCUGACAUAUUGACUGCAUAUAUUGCAGCUAUAAGAGCAUUAAAACAGUUAGAUCCUACAGGAGUUCUUCUUGAAACAAUAACAGAACCCAUUAAAGUCUAUUUGAGAACAAGAGAAGAUACUGUGCGCUGUGUUGUGAGUGAUUUGCUUGAUGAUUCAUCAAGUGAUUUGGCAGAUGAACUGGUUAAAGGUGAAACUUUGCAGCUGGAUGAUUAUUCUGAUGAAGAAGAAAAUGAAGAUUGGGAUAAAUGGAUGCCUGAUCCUGUAGAUGCUGAUCCUGCAAAAUCAGCACAACGCAGAGUGUCGGAUAUAAUCUCAAUGUUAGUAAGUGUAUAUGGAAGCCAAGAUUUGUAUGUAAAUGAAUAUCGUACACUAUUAGCAGACAGAUUAUUAUCUCAAUUAAAUUACCAUACGGAACGAGAAAUCCGUCACUUAGAAUUAUUGAAAAGACGAUUUGGAGAAAAUCAACUUCAUUAUUGUGAAGUCAUGUUGAAAGAUGUGUAUGACUCUAAGAGAAUAGAUGGUCAUAUACAAUCAGACACUAGUUACACCAUAGAAAAAGAAGAGUUCCCUACAUCUGCUUUAAUUUUAUCAGCACAAUUUUGGCCACCAUUCAAAGAAAACUGGAAAUUGGAAUUACCAAAAAUUGUACAAAAUCAAUUAAAUAAGUAUGUGAAAGCAUUUGAAACUUUGAAAGGCAACAGAACUCUUUGUUGGAAACCACAUUUGGGGAAUGUUACAUUGGAGAUUGAAUUGAAAGACAGAAAGUUAGAUAUAAACGUGACACCGAUACACGCCACAAUAAUCCUACACUUUCAAGAUAAAAAAGAAUGGGCUUUAGAAGAAUUAGCAGAAGUAAUGCACGUUCCUGCAACUGUACUCAGGAGGAAAAUAACGUUUUGGGUUUCACAGGGUAUACUAAGGGAAAGUUCUAAUGAUAUUUUCAUAUUACAAGAAGAAAGUUCCACGAAAAGUAGAUCUUUAGCGGACGUUGUCGAGGAAGAGGAAGUUGAAAGUGUAAUGGCAUCUGCGAGUGACCAAAGAGAAGAAGAAUUACAAGUAUUUUGGUCGUACAUCGUUGGAAUGUUGACUAAUUUAGAUUCGAUGCCUUUAGAAAGGAUCCAUCAAAUGUUAAAAAUGUUUGCAUCUCAAGGUCCGGGAGCGAUGGAAUGUGGUUUACCUGAAUUAAGGCAAUUUCUGGAUAGAAAAGUCAGAGAACAUCAGUUAUUAUUCUCAGGAGGUUUAUAUCGCUUACCAAAAUCGUAGGAUUCUAAUAUGUUUUGUAUUCAUUCAAUCAAAGGAAACACAUUUGUAUAAAAUACCAUGAUUGAUUUUUAUUUGUGUCUUAUAUUCAUACUAUCGUAAUGAUAGAAUAUACAGUAGUACACUUUUUACAGAGUUCGUAGUGAAAAGUGCAUAGCAUGAUUUAAUUAACUUGUAUAUGCAUAUUUUCUUGCUAUGAUUUUUAACAAACGAUCUAUAGUACAAUUAUGUAUAUAUAUAUAUAUAUAUAUAUAUAUUAUAACAAAGAAACGAUACUCUUGGAAAAAUUCGUUUAUAAUUAAAAUUAGUUAGUUACCUUGAAACUUCGUUAUAACAUUACUUUAAUGAUUUUUCUUAAAAUAAGUCAAAGACAAUGUUUGUAUCUGUACAUAUUUAAAGAUUGCAUUUAUUAAUUUAUAAUUGUUUUACAUUAUCUUCCAAGCAAACAUUAUGAAACUGUACGAAAAUAAUAAAAAUGUUAGAAUUUUAGUUACAUCGAACAUAUGAAAAUAAUAAAAUUUUAGAAUUUAAGUCACAUCGAUGGUUGUAUACAGGGUAUCUUGAAAGACCCGUCGAAAAAUUCACAGUCGUAUUCUAAACCUAAGAACAAUGACAAAGUCUUAAUAAAUAUUGGUCCACAAACUUUUCAUUUUGGAGGUAUAAGAACUUCGUGUUUGCAUGAUAUAUGAAUGCCUAUUUUCAAUAUUAUCUUUUAAUAUCUGGUGACAAAUUAUGCAGUACUUUAAACUGGCCGUAUCUCCGAAAGAAAAUACUUGUGAACCCAUGUUCUUAAGACUUUUUCCAUAAUUUUAAAGUGUAGAAUACAUUUGAAAAUUUUUCAACAGAACCCUUUUCCAUGCCAAAUUGUUGUGAAUUGAACAGUGGCUCCAUUUAUUGACUAGCCUACGAUUUUGUGCUAUUAAAUAUGAAAACUUGCGAAACUAAAA